AUGGGCACAGAGCAGCUCCAGCCUCUCCAGCUCUUCCCCACCCCUCCUUCCACCCCUCCCUGCCACAAGCAGCAAUGGGGGAAGUGGGGUGCCCAUAUCAGCCCCGUGGCCCAGGAGCCGCUGCCAGCGCUGGGGAUGGUGCCCACGCUCACCCUCUGCCUGCUGGGCAGCUCUGCCCUGCUCCUCAGCACCACGCCCGGGGCUCAAGCCGUCUAUUGCCCCUUCCCACAUGUCCGCUAUGGGUCGGUGUCCCCUCGUCGCUAUUACUACAGCGUGUGGGACACUGUGAGCCUCACCUGCAACCCGGGGUACACCCUGCGGGGUCCCAGCAGCAGCACCUGCGGAUCCAGCGCCAGGUGGGACCCGCCCCUGCCACAGUGCAAAAAGGAGGUGACCUGUCCCCGGGCACCGAGCAUCGCCAACGGGCGGCACAGCGGCCACUCCUCGGCCCGCGUGUCCCGGGGAGCCACCGUGUCCUACAGCUGCAAGGAGGGCUUCGAGCUGCUGGGCAAUGCAUCCAUCACCUGCACGGACUCCGGGCUCUGGAGCCGGCCCCUGCCCCGCUGCCAAGCGAUCGGCUGCCAGGCACCCGAGGUGCAGAACGGCGAGGUCUUCAACGUGCAGAGCACCUACAGAGCUGGAGACACUCUGCACUUCUCCUGCGAGGCUGGAUACACCACAGAGGGCUCCGACGAGGCUCGGUGCCAGCCCGGGGGCAUCUGGGACCCGCCGGUGCUCGUGUGCCACAGGGUCCGGCCGUGCCCGACGCCUCCGGAGGUCACCAAUGGAAAUCACAACGCGCAGAACAAAGCGGUUUUUAGCGCUGGAAUGUCUGUAAGGUACAGCUGCAAUCCCGGCUAUUACCUGGUGGGAAAUGCCGCCGUGUCCUGCAGAGCAUCGGGGAACUGGAGCCAGCCCCUCCCUCGCUGUGAAGAGGUGACCUGUCCCCGGGCACCGAGCAUCGCCAACGGGCGGCACAGCGGCCACUCCUCGGCCCGCGUGUCCCGGGGAGCCACCGUGUCCUACAGCUGCAAGGAGGGCUUCGAGCUGCUGGGCAAUGCAUCCAUCACCUGCACGGACUCCGGGCUCUGGAGCCGGCCCCUGCCCCGCUGCCAAGCGAUCGGCUGCCAGGCACCCGAGGUGCAGAACGGCGAGGUCUUCAACGUGCAGAGCACCUACAGAGCUGGAGACACUCUGCACUUCUCCUGCGAGGCUGGUUAUACCACAGAGGGCUCCGACGAGGCUCGGUGCCAGCCCGGGGGCAUCUGGGACCCGCCGGUGCUCGUGUGCCACAGGGUCCGGCCGUGCCCGAUGCCUCCAGAGGUCGCCAAUGGAAAUCACGACGGGCAGAACAAAGCCUUCUUCAGCACUGGAAUGUCUGUGAGGUACAGCUGCAAUCCCGGCUAUUACCUGGUGGGAAAUGCCGCCGUGUCCUGCACAGCAUCGGGGAACUGGAGCCAGCCCCUCCCUCGCUGUGAAGGCACUGUCUGCAUCAACCCGAUCGUAGCCAACGCAAGGCGAGUUGGUGACCACGGGGCUCUGUCUGCCCCCGGGCAGUCGGUGACAUUUCGGUGCCAGGAUGGUUUCAGCCUGCGGGGCAGUGCCAGCGUGUCCUGCCAGGAGGAUGGCAGCUGGCAGCCCCCUGUUCCUGAGUGUGACAGAGCCCUGCCUCCCCACAACGCCUCCAGGAGGUCUCCAGGCACCUCUGCAGGCAUCCCCUGCCUGCCCCCUCCCGACAUCCCCAACGGGAGGCACUCGGGGAGGCUGCAGGACGAGUUCCACUACGGCACCUCGGUGACCUACAGCUGCCAGCCCGGGCUGGCGCUGCACGGGGAGCCCUCCAUCCACUGCACCACCCGGGACGGCCAGAACGGCGUGUGGAGCGAGCCCCUGCCCGCCUGUGGAGAGGCGAAUUGUCCUGUCCCCCAGAUCCAGAACGGGAGGGUCGUGGCUCGCAGGUCUGCCUACUCCCACAGGGACACCGUCACCUUUGAAUGUGACCCAGGCUAUGCCAUUCACGGCCACAGAGAGAUCCAGUGCCAACCAAACAACACCUGGGAGCCACCUGUGCCCGUCUGCCAGCAGGCAGCUGGCUGCAGAGCCCCUGCCAGGCUGGGCUUUGCCGAGCUGAAGGAGCCCUACAGGAACAGGACGGUGUUUCCCGAGGGCAGCAGGGUGGAAUUGGAGUGCCAGCCUGGCUACAGCCAGCUCCUGGGGGUGUCUGCAGCCAUCACCUGCCUCAGCAACCAGAGCUGGUCUGCAGCACUGCACUUCUGCACAAGGAAGCAGUGUCCCAGCCCAGAGAGCCCAGAGAAUGGCAGGGCUGUGGUCCUGACCGAUCUCCUCUUCGGAUCCAAAAUCAACUACACUUGUGACAAAGGGUACAAGCUGGUGGGAGGCUCCCAGAGGAUUUGUGAGGUCUCUGGCACAGGUGUCUCGUGGAGUGGGGAUCCUCCUGUCUGCCAGAGUGUCACCUGUGCCGCCCCCCCGGCCAUCCCCCACGGCACUCACACCGGGGGGGACAGGGACAGCUUCUCCCUCGGGGACGUGGUGACCUACAGCUGCAGCUCGGGGCUGGCCCCGGCUGGGGACCCCUCCCUGACCUGCACCUCCGAGGAUGGGGAGAACGGCACGUGGAGAGGGACAGUGCCACAGUGCCAAGAGGUGAAGUGUCCCGCGCCCCCCAGCAUCGCCAACGGGCGGCACAACGGCAGCGCCGGGGCCGGGCACAGCCCGGGCUCGCUGGUCCGGUACUCGUGUGCCGAGGGCUAUUCCCUGCAGGGCACGGCCACCAUCCGCUGCUCGCCCCGGGGCACCUGGAGCCGGCCCCAGCCCCGCUGCCAAGCAAUCGGCUGCACCAGGCCAGAAAUCGAGAAUGGAAAAGUCAGCGGGCUGGAGACCUCCUUCAAUCUGGAGGACACCAUUUUCUUCGAGUGCAACCUGGGCUAUGCCUUGAAGGGCUCUCCAGAGUCUCAGUGCCAGUUUGGGGGCAAGUGGCACCCUCCUGUCCCCACCUGUGAGAAGUUGCCGCCGUGUCCUUCCCCUCCAGUUAUCAGGAAUGGCCAGCACGACAGCGGGGGUGUGACAGAGUUCAUCCCUGGCAUGUCAGUGAAGUACCACUGUGACCCCGGGUACGUCCUCACCGGGAAAACCACGGUGUCCUGCCUGUCCUCGGGCGUGUGGAGCAUCCCCUACCCCCGGUGUGAAGUGAUCACCUGCAGCAGCCCCAGCAUCAAGGAUGGGGAGGUGGCAGAGGGCAGGAGGGCCGAGUACCACCCUGGGGACAACGUCACCUUCCAGUGCCACCCGGGCUUUGUGCUGAGGGGCAGCCGUGGGGCCGAGUGCCAGCCCGACAGCCGCUGGGUGCCCUCUGUGCCCACCUGCCAGCCAGUGCUGCUGUGCCCGCCGCCCCCCGACAUCGCCCACGCCACGCUCAGCGCCGCGCCAGGGACCAACUUCAGCAGUGGCAGCUCCGUGAGCUACAGCUGCCAGCCUGGCUACUCCCUGCUGGGGAACUCCUCACUGCUGUGCACGGCCUGGGGCAACUGGAGCCUUCCCUACCCGCGCUGUGCAGCUGGCUGUGCCGCACCAACACCGCUGCUGUUUGCUGAGCUAAGCCAGGAAUACGAAAAUCAGACGGAGUUUGCUGUGGGGAUGACUCUGAACUACACCUGUCGGCCUGGAUACGUGGAACAGCCACAGACAUCACCAACUAUCACAUGUCUUGAGAAUCUAACGUGGUCUGAAGCCCAGGAGUUCUGCAAAAUGCUGCAAUGCCCUUCACCUCCAAAUAUUGACAAGGGAAAGCACGACAGCCAGGGUUUGGAGGUUUUUCCCACUGGGAUGGUUGUGAACUACAGCUGUGACCCCGGCUACAGCCUCGUGGGAGAGGCGUCCAUCUACUGCACUGACGCUGGCAACUGGAGCCUCCCCCUCCCUCAGUGUGCAGGUGGCUGUGGUGCACCUCCAAACCUCACCUUUGCUGAGCUGGGCAGGGAAUACAGGAACCAGCUGGAAUUUGCAGUUGGGGACACCGUGCGCUACAGCUGCCGGCCGGGACACUCGAGACGCCCCGGGAUGCCCCAAACUCUGACUUGUCUCCAAAACCACACGUGGUCUGAAGCCCUAGAGUUCUGUAAAAGGAAGCAAUGUAAACAGCCAGACCCCCCCAGGAAUGGCAGAGUUGUUGUUCUCACAGAUCUCCUUUUCGGCUCAGCCGUGAACCACACCUGUGAUGAAGGGUACAGACUGGUGGGACAGUCCCAGAGGAGAUGUGAGAUUUUGGGAAGAGAUGUUGCCUGGUCUGGUCUGCCUCCCAUCUGCCAGAGGGUGCUGUGCCCAGUGCCACAGAUCCAGAACGGGAGGGUGGCUGUCCCCAAAGCUCGCUACCCCUACGGGGACACUGUCACCUUCAGGUGCCGCAGAGGCUUCACCCUGCGAGGCUCCCCCAGCUCCCAGUGCCGAGGGGACAGGAGGUGGGACCCACCCCCGCCUGUGUGUGAGCAGGAUGGAGUGGCAGAACGUUUUCACCACCCUGAUACCACAAAGAAGCCAGUGCUGCACUGCUCCCAGCCUGCAGAUAUCACCCACGGGUCUUUCCAAGGCCCAAUAAAAGCAGUUUUUACCCCGGGAACAUCUGUGAACUACAUCUGUGAGCCUGGUUUCUCUCUCCUGGGGACAGCAUCCAUUUAUUGCACAGCAUCUGGAGCCUGGAGCCAUCCCCCUCCCGUCUGCCAAGCUGUGAAAUGUCUGCAGCCUCCAAACAUCCCCAAUGGGAAGGUGAGAGGCAACACCUCGGGCACCUUUCCAUCCGGAGCAGAGGUGUGGUACAGCUGCAAUCCUGGUUAUUCCCUGCUUGGCACUGCUGUCAUCAACUGCACGGGCUCAGGGACCUGGAGCCGGCCCCUCCCGCAGUGCAAAGAGAUCCGAUGUGAAUUCCCGGAUGUCCAAGGUGUUAAAAAGGCCAUUAAAGGCAAUAGUUACCGCCCUGGGACUAACAUCACCCUAGAGUGUGACGAUGGUUACACGCUGGAAGGCACCAGGCACACCCAGUGCCAAGAGGAUUUCAGCUGGGACCCUCCCGUGCCAGCCUGUAAACUCAGUGAGUGGAAUGCAAACAAACAAAGAACAAACCCAAGCACAAAUGCGUUUUGAACAUGCAAAUAUCUGUGUGGUUACGAAGAGGAAGCAUACAAGGGUGUGGUUGUGAGAAAUCUGGGGUUGGUGAGACACUGGUAUGGGAAAGCUGUGGCUGCCCCAGAACUCAGAAGUGCCAAGGCCAGGUUGGACAGGGCUUGGAG